UUGGAAUUCAAUUUUUACAGGUGCUCCUUACUAGAGAAUUGAAUAUUUACAUGGAAAGAAUUUCAAUUUUUGGUUUCAUUUUGACCAUUCUCUAUUUAAUAACAACAAUACUUGCUUGCAAUGGCCAUACCAAUAUUGAUGGCAGUCUACAAUCUGAACAAGAGGCUCUUAUCGACUUCAAAAAUGGUCUCAAAGAUCCCAACAAUCGGCUUUCAUCGUGGAAAGGAAGCAAUUAUUGCUAUUGGCAGGGAAUUAGUUGUGAAAAUGGCACAAGAUUUGUCAUUUCAAUUGAUCUUCAUAACCCUUAUUUGGAUAAGGAUGCAUAUGAGAAUUGGAGUUCUAUGAGCUUGAGUGGAGAAAUUAGACCUUCAUUGAUAAAACUCAAAUCCUUGAAAUAUCUAGAUUUGAGUUUCAACUCAUACAAUGCCAUACCUAUUCCUCAGUUUUUUGGGUCUUUGAAGAAUUUACUAUAUCUAAACUUAUCCAAUGCUGGGUUUAGUGGAGUGAUUCCUUCAAAUUUAGGGAAUCUUUCUAGCUUACAACAUCUAGAUCUUUCUUCUAGAUAUUCUAAUGAUCUAUAUGUUGACAAUAUUGAAUGGAUGGCUAGUCUUGUUUCCUUGAAGUAUCUUGAUAUGGAUUCUGUUGACCUUGCAUUGGUAGGAAGUCAAUGGGUUGAAGUACUAAACAAGCUCCCAGCUUUAACUGAGUUGCAUCUAGAUAGGUGUAACCUCAUUGGAUCAAUUCCAUCUCCAAGCUUUGUUAAUUUUACUUCACUGCUUCUUAUAAGUAUAAGCUCUAACCAAUUCAAUUUUGUGUUUCCUGAAUGGCUUCUAAAUGUUAGCAACCUUGGAUCCAUUGAUAUAAGCUACAAUCAAUUACAUGGGAGGAUUCCACUUGGUCUUGGUGAGCUACCUAAGUUGCAAUACUUAGAUCUAUCUAUGAAUCUUAAUCUCAGAAGUAGUAUCUCUCAACUAUUGAGGAAGAGUUGGAAAAAGAUAGAAGUUCUAAAUUUGGGUUAUAAUAAAUUACAUGGUUCAAUUCCAAGCUCCAUUGGAAACUUUUGCAACUUAAAAUAUCUGGAUUUGAGUCUUAAUAACUUGAAAGGAAGUUUACCUGAGAUUAUCAAAGGAAUUGAAACCUGCAAUUCUAAAAGUCCUCUGCCUAAUUUGAGGAAGUUAUACUUGGACGAGAGUCAAUUGAUGGGAAAAUUGCCAAACUGGUUGGGUGAGCUUCAAGAACUUAGGGAACUUCAUUUAUCUGACAACAAAUUUGAAGGUUCCAUCCCUACGUCUUUAGGGACAUUGCAACAAUUGGAGUAUAUGAAUCUUGAAGGAAAUGUGCUGAAUGGAAGUCUCCCAUAUAGUAUUGGACAACUUUCUCAAUUACAUUUCUUGGAUGUUUCUUCCAAUCAACUGAGUGGAACUCUCUCUGAACAACAUUUUUGGAAGCUAAGUAAGUUAGAGGAACUAAACCUGAACUUCAAUACUUUCAGUUUGAAUGUUAGUUCCAAUUGGGUUCCUCCCUUCCAAGUGAGAGCUCUUUCUAUGGGUUCAUGCCACUUAGGUCUUUCAUUUCCAGCUUGGCUUCAAUCUCAAAAGAACCUCCGGUAUCUUCGUUUCUCAAAUGCCAGCAUUUCAAGUUCUAUUCCAAAUUGGUUUUGGAAUAUUUCUUUUAAUCUGUUGUACAUUAGUCUAUAUUUCAAUCAGUUACAAGGUCAGUUACCAAAUUCAUUAAAUUUUUCUUUUGGCAAUCUGGCAUAUAUUGAUUUUAGUUACAACCUCUUUGAGGGACCUAUUCCUUUUUCAAUCAAAGGGGUCUAUUUUCUAGAUCUCUCCCAUAAUAAAUUUUCUGGCCCUAUCCCACUGAGUAAAGGUGAAUCCAUGUUAGACUUGCAUUUCCUUUUUCUUUCGGAAAAUCAAAUAACAGGAGUCAUCCCAUCAAACAUAGGUGAGUCCCUACCCAAAUUGUUUUUCCUUUCUCUUUCGAGUAAUCAAAUAACAGGGACCAUCCCAGAUUCCAUAGGACACAUCACCUCUCUGCAAGUCAUUGAUCUUUCAAGGAAUAAUUUGUCUGGAAGCAUUCCUUCUACCAUAAAUAAUUGCUCUAGCCUAAUUGUUAUAGACCUUGGAAAGAACAAUUUGUCUGGGAUGACACCAAAGUCGUUGGGUCAGUUACAAUUGCUUCAAUCACUACAUCUGAACCACAACAAGCUUUUAGGAGAGCUUCCCUCGUCUUUCCAAAAUUUAACAAGUUUGGAAGUCCUUGAUCUCAGUUACAAUAAAUUAUCAGGCCAAGUUCCUGCAUGGAUUGGAGUUGCUUUCGGAAAUCUUGUAAUACUCAGUUUGAGGUCAAAUGUGUUUUCUGGAAGACUUCCCUCUCAACUUUCAAAUUUGAGCUCCUUGCAUGUUUUAGACAUUGCGCAAAACAGUUUGAUGGGUGAAAUUCCAGUCACUUUGGUUGAGCUUAAAGCAAUGGCUCAGGAGUAUAACAUGAAUAUAUAUCCAUUGUAUGUCGAUGGGACCAGCUCCUUGCAUGAAGAACGGUUGGUUGUGAUUGCAAAAGGCCAAAGUCUUGAAUACACUAGGACUCUUUCUCUUGUGGUAGGCAUAGACCUAUCUGACAAUAAUUUAAGUGGAGAGUUUCCCCAAGGAAUAACAAAAUUAUCCGGUUUGGUGGUUCUGAACUUGUCUAGGAAUCUCAUCACUGGUCAAAUUCCAGAAAACAUUUCAAUGUUACGUCAACUGUCAUCUCUUGAUCUAUCAAGUAAUAAGCUUUUCGGCACCAUUCCUUCAAGCAUGUCCUUAUUAUCAUUCUUGGGUUCUUUGAAUCUAUCAAAUAACAAUUUCUCUGGUAAGAUCCCUUUUAUAGGGCAUAUGACAACUUUCACUGAGUUGACCUUUGUUGGAAAUCCUGAUCUUUGUGGAACUCCACUAAUCAUAAAAUGCCAAGGUAAAAAGCAAAGUGUUGUUGAGGACAAAAAUGAUGGUGGUUAUAUUGAUCAAUGGUUUUACUUGAGCGUUGGCUUGGGAUUUGCGGUGGGUAUUUUAGUUCCAUUCUUUGUUUUGGCAAUAAGGAAAUCUUGGUGUGAUACCUACUUUGAUUUUGUGGAAAAAAUUGUUAAAUGGUUGUUGAGAGGAAGAGCAACCUAUGUCAAAAACCACCCACGAAGGCGAUAAGUUUUGUUUGUAGACCUCUAUAUGCUUUAUGUAUCAUUUUAAGCUUUGGAAGUGAAUUUCAUCAUAGUUGCAAUAGAAAAGAUACUUGGCUUUCUAA